AUGCCCUCCAGUCGCCCCCGGCCGCCAUAUGACCCCGAACUGCAGCCAAUCUUAAGCAGAUUCAAUUUCACACCAACCGUCACAACAGCACAUAUCGAAGAAGUGCGGAAAAAGUCAAGCCCUACUGUUGAUGAUGCCCUCGCCGGCCGAGCAAUUGCGCACGAAGAAUGUACCAUCCUGAGCUCUUACGGCAGCUCGGAUCUGAAAGUGUCAAUAUUCCGACCGACAGCAAUGACAGCUCGGCCUGCUUCCUCGUCAAGAUGUCAAAACCGUCCGGGGAUAUUUUACACCCACGGUGGCGGAAUGAUCGCGGGCAAUCGAUUUCUCGGUAUUGGUGUCAUCCUCGACUGGGUGGAAAAAUUUGAUGCGGUGUGCGUAUCGAUCGAGUAUCGAAUCCCUCCCGAGCAUCCGGACCCGACACCGAUCGAAGACUGCUAUGCGGGACUCCAGUGGACCAGUUUGAACGCUAGGAGCCUUGGGAUCGAUCCGAGUUUUCUGAUGAUUGCGGGAUCAUCGGCUGGAGGAGGACUGGCAGCAGGGACAGCGCUGCUGGCUAGAGAUCGCGGUGGACCACUGCUAUGUGCCCAGGUACUCAUUUGCCCCAUGCUAGACGAUCGUAACAUUACAGUUUCGAGUCAGCAGUAUGUUGAUGAAGGUACCUGGAGUAGAGACAGCAAUCAGACUGGAUGGAAGUGUCUGUUGGGAGAGCGACGUGGGCAGGAAAAUGUCAGCAUAUACGCUGCCCCUUCGCGAGCCACUGAUCUCUCCAAACUCCCCCCAGCCUUCAUCGAUGUCGGCACAGCCGAGGUUUUCAGAGAUGAAGCCGUUGCAUACGCGACCCUCCUCUGGGAAAGUGGAGUUCAGGCUGAAUUGCAUGUCUGGCCUGGCGGGUUCCAUGGGUUCGACCUUCUAGCGCCGAAUGCAAUUCUGUCAAUCAAUGCACGUGAAACAAGAUCGGCUUGGGUUCAUCGUUUGCUCUCUGGGGGUAAAACCCCAUAA